AGGCUGCGUUUGAAUGACACUAAGCAACUCACAACAAGUUCAAAUGAUAUUUAAAGCAAGGUUAUUUCUUCCGUUUAUUCAUUUGCGCUAUAAGUUUUAACGCGGAAACUGAUUUUAAAAACAUUUUCACGAUUUCAUAAGUUAACAGAACAAAAAAUGUCUGUUCCAUCACCAUUAUCUCACACCCACCGUCAGUUGGAAAAACAAAACAUUGCUCAGUUGACAAUGAAGUUUAAAGAAUAUACUGACCAAGUAAGACAGAUGAGAGAGCACUGUAAAAAAACUGAAAACAACGUAUUUCUUUCACACAUUGCAGCAUUAGAUAAUGAGAUCAAAGAUUUGCAGAGCAUCUACGAAAGAGAGCUAGAUUCAGUCAGAGGUCAACUUGAUGCUUGCAUUGCAGAAAGGAAUCAGUUACAUUUAGAUGCAAGCAAAUAUGGUGCUCUUUCCAAAGAAUUCCAGGACAAGUAUAACGAAGAAAAGACAACACGUACCAAACUCGAAAACGCUUUAGCUGAUGCACAUCGUGUACUUACCGAAAAAGAUGCCCUUCUGCAAGAACUUCAUAUAUCAAUUGCCCAACACCAAAAUGCACAUUUGGACACAGCUAAAGAACGAGACGAACUUCAAAGUCAAAAUACAUCAUUAAAAGUUACUUGUGAUAGUGAAUCUAAAAUGCGUAUCGAUUUAGAAGCUUAUGUUCAAAAGUUGACGGAGCAAAUAAACUUCGAGCGUGAAAUUCACGAAAAGGAUGUUAUUGAUCUGAGAAAUCGCAAUGCCGCUGCUGAGAGAACAAUUGAAAUUGCAGACCAGAAACUUCGAGAGCACGAUCUGGUUGAUGAAAAGCUUCAACAACAAAUUGAAAAUAUUCGACGACAAACGACAUACGAUUUUAUUCAGUAUCAAGAAGCUUCAGAGAAUUCAUAUCAGUUACAGCUACAAGAACACAAAAACCGCAUGGCAAAAGAAACUCAAGCUCUUACCCAACAAAAAGAGGAAAACAUUCAUUUGAAAGCAAUUAUUGAAGAAAUGAAUGCUAAGAUUUACAAACUGGACGGAAAGGUUUCUUCUUAUCAUGAACAAAAUACAAUUCUAAUUCACACACUUGAAGUUGAACGUCGCGCUGCUGCUGCAACAUGUCACGAGCUUGAAAAGAAACUUCAAGAACUCCAAGAACAUUACAACACCAAAGUCCGAGAGUUAAACAUUGUUAGCAGUGUCAACAUUCCAAUCGACUUAGAACUUGAAUCAUUAUCGCAAUUAAUAGAAGCUGAAGCAAAACGAUUAGAUGUUGCUUUAUCCAACCCCUCAAGUGAUCUAAUUUCUACUGUACGUGGAGAGUUGGUGUCAAACCGAAGUCAUUAUGUGCAUAACGCUAGCCCCCGAAAAGCUUCAUCAAACGCUCCUCUUAAAAGGCAAAAGUCACCUGCAGCAUUGGUAGAUACAACCACGGAGCUCCCUCCACUUAUUAAUCCUCUGCCUAAAUAUACAACGAACCUACCAUCAAUAAACGAUAUAAAGAGCCGUAACUACCCAAGUUAUUCAAAUCGAAACUUUUAUAUUGAAAAAUGAGCGAUUAUUUAGUUUGUAUAUAGAAAGAUUUGUAUUAUGAAUUUACACUUUUGCAUAAUCCGCUUUAAGGGUGUUUAUUUAAUAAGUGGAUUUAUUUUAAGAACAAAGGCAAUUAUAAAUAAUAAUAAAAACAAAAUGCAGAUAUAACUACUUUUUACGAAAUAAACUGAUUGGAAUAUAAAUUUACUAUCCUACAAACUAAAAGUUCUAUUUGUAUAAUGUUAAAAUUAAUUUGUUAAAUAAUUUUAUGUGAUUUUUAAAUUUGAUGAGUCAGAAAAUAUUAUAAGUAUCCUCAA